AACUCGCUAAAGUCACUGACUCAAGGCUGUGGACACCUUUUACUGCAACCACGAUUGCGACCACGACAGAAUGCUGAUAUCAUUCAUGGUCUAUGUAAGAUAACAAGCCCGCGCUUAAUUCUGUUCAGAUAUAGUAUUCGAUAUCGGAUCAUCAGACGGCCACUGGAUGUCGCCUUUGCGCCCUAUAAAGUCCUUGUGGUCUCGCUCAAACCUCAGGUCCAACGAUUCCCCUUCUGCAACCAUGAUGCCCCUGCCAAAUGAGCCCGUCACGUUGGCUGUCAUCGGCUGUGGUCAGAGAGGGACUAACUAUGCUGAAUAUGCCCUUGAUCACCCGCAGAAGUGCAAGGUAGUCACUAUUGCAGAUCCGAGGCCAAAGACCCGCGAUAUCUUUGCCCAUAAUCAUAAGCUCGAUCGGACUCUUGUGUUUGAUACCUGGGAGGAGCUCUUAAAGGCUUCCGCUGAUACCAUUCAAACUAUCGGGAAGCGCCUUGCAGACGCAGUAAUUGUUGCGGUGCAAGACCACAUGCAUUGUGAAGUGGUAUCGGCGUUCGCAGCCCAAGGAUACCAUAUACUUUGCGAGAAACCCAUGGCUACAAGCCUGCAAGACUGCCUUGACAUGGAAAAGGCAGUCAAGAAUGCUGGUAUCAUCUACGGAAUAGGUCACGUCUUGCGCUACUCCCCUUACAGCAAGGCCGUCACAGAAGUGGUCCGUUCGGGACAAUUGGGUGAACUGAUAAACGUAGUUCACAUUGAGCCAGUUGGUUACUUUCACUUUGCUCACUCUUAUGUUCGAGGGCAUUGGAAGAAAGAAUCUGAAAGUUCUUUUUCUCUCAUGACCAAGGGCUGCCAUGACGUAGACAUCCUCUGUCACUGGCUUUCCCCUGCGAUUCCGACACGAGUCUCUUCGUUCGGCUCUUUACAGCAUUUCCGUAAAGAGAAGAAACCUCCCGCCGCAGGCACUGCAACUCGCUGCUUAGAAUGUUCGGUAGAACAAGAUUGCCCAUACAGUGCAAAGAAAAUCUACCUGGAACCUGUUUCUCGCGGAAAUACCCACUGGCCAGCCAAAACUAUUGUGGAUGGAAUACCAGAUAUAGAGAAUGUCGUUGAUGCUCUGCGCAAUGGACCUUACGGACAAUGCGUAUACGAAAGCGAUAACGAUGUUUGUGAUCAUCAGGUUGUAAAUAUCGAGUUUUCGUCAGGGGCCACAGUCUCAUUCACGAUGGUGGCAUACACCUCCUUGAUUUGCGACCGCCAGACACGAUUGCACUUCACGCACGGCGAGAUAGUUGGUGAUAUGAAUAAUUUUACUGUCACCGACUUCCGCACGGGGCGUAAGACGACGCACCACCCGAAGAAUGAAGGUGGUGGCCACGGAGGUGGAGACCUGGGUCUUAUCAGUACUUUUGUCGAGGCCGUGCGCACGAACAAUCAAGAGUUACUGGGGACUGAUGUCUCUGAGGUGCUCAAGAGUCAUCUCACCGUAUUUGCUGCUGAGGCAAGUAGGCGAGAAGGCACAGUGGUUGAUUGUGCGAAGUUUGAGAAAGCUAUCAGAGCAGAAUUGGAAAUGUAGGUGCCUUCGAGCUGUAAUAUUAGCUAGUGAAGUAAGUAUGCACAAUCCACUUUGUUGCAUAUAAUCCAGUGAUCUGUGAAAAUAUCGAGGUUAUUUAAGUCCACUG